AUGGCACCCAAACGCCCUCUAGACGAUGCCAAGUCAUCGCAGGAAACGAAGAAGCCCAAGAAGGGAUUUAGAGUCGGGCCAGAUAAUCUGCCAGACGGACCUUGGCGACGGAAAGUCACCAAAAUCAAGCAAGACUUAAUCCACAAGGCCAAGGUCAAGAAACAAUACGCCAAAGUCAAAGCUGAGGAAGAAAAGAAGGAGAAGGAGCAGGAGCAGGAGCAGCAAGAUGAAGUGCACAAAGACAAGGCGCACAACGAUGAGGACGCUGGUGAAGCGCUCCACCCCACGAGACAGCUGAUGCUCAAGGACGAGGAAGUAGCUCAGAAAAACGCCAUUGCAAACGGCGAGCCAGUUGACGCCGACGGCCACCGUCGCCGCACACGGCGUCCAGGAUACUACGACAAGCAGUUGGCCAAGGCUAAGGAGCACAAGGCUGAGAUUGAGGCACGCAAGGCAGAGGCAGCUCACCGGCGGGCAGAGCGCGAGCAGAAAAUUGCGGAGCGGGAGAGGUACAAGAGAGCCAUGGCGAAGACAAGGGGCAAAGACGGCAAGAAGAAGCUGGGCCGCGAGAGCGGUCUCCUGCUCGAGAAGGUGAAGAAGAUGGUGGGCGAGUAA